UUAUAUAUUUUUAGCUUUCGUUCAACAUAUUGAGUAAUUUUAAAUAAUAAAUUUAUUGCCUGAAAAUAAGUAUUUUGAGUGAAAGAAUUAUAAAUAUCAGUGUUAAAUUUUCAGUUAAUGAUUUAUGUGCACAAAAGUUGAAAUUUAAAUAGUAAUUUGUAAUACAAGAAUAGAAAAUUUAUGACACUACCUAGUGAAAAUGGGUGCUCACACAAACUAAUAUACGAACAAAAAAAAAAUUGUGUCACACGUAGGGCGAUGGUACUCGCACAAUUCCAAUUUUGAAAACUUUUUCGUAGCUCAGUAACUAAAAUUGCUAACGUAAAAAUUAUCAAAACGAAAUUUAACAUUAAAAUAAUUUUUUACAAUAUGUCUGCUGCAAUGCGAACUACUUUACAAUCAGUUCCGGAGUCUCUACCCACCGACUUAUCUUCUAUAAAUACGACAACAAACGGAACAUCUACAACAACUACAUCAGCUGCAUCUCCAAUUGUGGCAGUAGCAUCUGCAGCAGCACAACAAUCUUUUACAAAAGACUUCGCUGAAAAUAAUCAGAGUUCAAUAAUUAGUCCAACAAAUUCAAUGACUACUUCUACGAAUGUGGGGCAAUCAAAUGUUAUGUCUUCUGUUGGUGGUACUGGUUCUGUUAAUCAUUCUCAUUUACAUGGUAGUGUAAAUAACAGCUCUGCAACAGCAGCAAUAAACAAUAUAUUAGGAACUGGUUCUUCAGGUGGAAAUCAUCAAAAUGGAACUGGAGUAAACACAAGUAAUGGAGCAGGAAAUGGAGGCAAUAGUGGAGGUAAUCAUCAUGGUACGCAUCAUUCUACAUCGUCAGGUAAUGCAUCUGUGCAAAAAUCUCAUGCACAUGGAAACUCAGCAAUCAAACAAAGGUCUUCUUCUUCAGCAGCAGCUAAAGGAUCUCCAAAUAUGCAAAUGCGAGGUGGCGUACCCAUGCGUUGGAGGCCAGCUGAAGAACAUAUUGGAAAAUAUAAAUUAAUUAAAACAAUUGGUAAAGGUAAUUUUGCUAAAGUAAAAUUAGCUAAACAUUUGCCUACAGGUAAGGAAGUUGCAAUUAAAAUAAUUGACAAAACCCAGCUAAAUCCUGGGUCUCUUCAAAAACUUUUUCGUGAAGUUAGAAUUAUGAAAAUGCUUGAUCAUCCUAAUAUUGUGAAACUAUUUCAAGUAAUUGAAACAGAAAAGACACUAUAUUUAGUAAUGGAAUAUGCUUCAGGUGGUGAAGUAUUUGAUUAUUUAGUACUUCAUGGCCGCAUGAAAGAAAAAGAGGCACGUGUUAAAUUUAGGCAAAUUGUAUCGGCUGUUCAAUACUGCCAUCAAAAACGUAUUAUUCAUAGAGAUUUAAAAGCUGAAAACCUUCUACUAGACAGUGAAUUGAACAUCAAAAUUGCAGAUUUUGGAUUUUCAAACGAAUUCACGCCAGGAAACAAAUUAGACACAUUUUGUGGUAGUCCACCUUAUGCAGCCCCAGAACUGUUUCAAGGUAAAAAAUAUGAUGGUCCUGAAGUUGACGUUUGGUCACUAGGUGUGAUACUUUAUACACUUGUAAGUGGUUCAUUACCAUUUGAUGGUUCCACUUUACGAGAAUUACGGGAAAGGGUUCUCAGAGGGAAAUACAGAAUUCCUUUUUAUAUGUCGACAGACUGUGAAAAUCUGUUACGUAAAUUUCUUGUCUUAAAUCCAGCAAAACGGGCAAGUCUUGAGACUAUAAUGAGUGAUAAAUGGAUGAACAUGGGAUUUGAAGAUGAUGAGCUUAAACCCUAUGUUGAACCAAAGCCUGAUUUUGCAGAUCCUAAACGCAUACAUAAGACAGAAGCUUUACUCGCAAUGGGAUAUAAUAGGCAAGAGAUUGAAGAUUCUUUAUCCCAAGGCCGUUAUGAUGAUGUUAUGGCCACAUAUUUACUAUUAGAAAGAAAAAAUAAUGAUCCUGAAAGUGAUGGCUCCAGAUCAGGAUCUUCGUUAUCAUUGCGAAAUAUUACUGGAAAUGAUGGCUCUGCUGGUGGCAACUCAUCAAUACAAAGUCCGACACAUCGUGGUGUUCACAGAAGUAUUUCUGCUUCUAGUACCAAACCAAAUCGUCGUGCAUCAAGUGGGGCUGAAACACUUCGUGCUGUGCCAGCAAAUCCUGCAAUCGCUACAAAUCCGGUGGUAGGAACUGUACAUAGCACAACAACUUCAUCAACUGCUUCAGAUCGUUCAACUAUAAGUAGUAAUUUCAAACGUCAAAAUACAAUUGAUUCGGCAACUAUAAAAGAAAAUACAGCUCGUUUAGCGGCACAAAAUCAAAGACCUGCAUCAGCUUCAGCUCAACCACAAAAAUCAUCGACAAAUUCAGCAGAUAACACCAUUCCAAGUCCCGUUAAGCCAAAAGCAUCAUCGACAUCUAAGUAUGAACCAGCUAGUGGAAAUCGUACUGUCGGGCCAAGUGGUAUGAUUCCACGACGUUCAACAACGGUGUACGAAAAAAGUUCUACGGAAAAAACAAAUGUGUUGCCAACUGAAUCAAAUUUACUUGAUCGUCUUCGAAUGACUUCUUCGGCUGUUAAAUCUAGUAAACAUUUUCCAAGAAAUGUACCAUCUCGUUCAACAUUUCAUUCAGGUCAAACAAGGGCACGUAGCAAUCAAACAUCGGAAUACUCAGGCACUGGAGCUACAAAUGAAGGCUCCUCACACUCAGAAAGAAUGAGCUUCUUUUCAAAAUUAUCUUCAAGAUUUAAUAAAAGAGGUUCUAGUUCAGAAGAGCCAGCUAAACCAAGAGUUUUACGCUUUACGUGGUCUAUGAAAACAACAUCUCCGUUAAUGCCUGAUGAAAUAAUGCAAAAAAUUCGUUUGGUUCUGGACAAAAAUAAUUGCGAUUAUGAACAGCGUGAAAGAUUUGUUUUAUGGUGUGUUCAUGGUGAUCCAAACACAGAUUCGCUGGUUCAAUGGGAAAUUGAAGUAUGUAAAUUACCAAGAUUAUCACUGAAUGGUGUGCGAUUUAAACGAAUUUCUGGAACUAGUAUUGGUUUCAAAAAUAUUGCAUCUCGUAUAGCAUUCGACUUGCGCCUGUGACUAGACCAGACAAAAGUGGAAACUGAAUAUGAGCAAGACCAACCACAAAAUAAUAUACAACAAGCAACAUCUACAACAUCAACAGCAACUGCAAUAAUCAUAACAACUUCAGGAAAUACAGCAACAACUACAACAAUAGCAACGACUUCAAUUAAUAAUUCUAAUACAACAAACACAACAUCAACAACAAUUCAAUUGGAUCCAUCACCAAUCAAACCGAAUAUAUUUAAUAAAGACAAAACUUCUAAUUAGCCAAAAAUUGCUGACACAUUACUAAGUAAAAUGUUUAAUAAAAAAAAAUAAAAUGAAAUGCAAAAACAUAAAACAUACUUAUUAAAAAAACGAACAAUUUUUAAUAGGAAGAGAAAAAAGAA